AUGGAUAUGAAAGAUAACGCUAUUACCAUGACCGAUUUUUCCCUGAACAAGGCCGCUGCGGGUGCGGACGGUUAUAAAUCCGCUGCCGACAUUUUGGCCGCUGUUGAAAAACUGGGCCCGUUGAUCGCGCAAGAAGCCGAUGAAGUGGACCGUUUGCGGCAUCUUACGCCCCGGCUUUUGGCGGCGUUGAAGGACGCGGGCGUGUUUCGCAUUGCAUGGCCCGCCGCGUGGGGUGGACCAGAGAUGCGGUUCGAGGAUCAGAUCCGUUUGGUCGAGAUGCUCUCGUAUCACGACGCCUCUGUUGCGUGGAACGUCCAAAUCCUGUCCGAUACGGGUUUUUACGGUGGCCAGUUCCCCGAAGAUGUCGCCCGCACCCUGUACACUUCUAUGGAUAAUGCGACGGCGGGUGGGUUCUAUCCACCGCAACGUGCGGACAAGGUGCCCGGCGGGUGGCAUAUCAAAAAGGCGCGCUGGCCGUUCGGAUCGGGCAUUCACAGCGCGGAUGUGAUUGUGGGUGGUGUGCAGUUGUUUGAAAACGGUACGCCGAUCCUGGACGAAACCGGCGCGCCAGAGUUUCGUGUGGCCUAUCUGCCCAAAGAGAAAGUCUCCCUUUUGGACACGUGGCAUGUGCAUGGGCUGCACGGUUCCGGCAGCACGGAUUACAUGAUCGAGGAUGUGACCAUUCCCGAUGCGAAGGUGUUCAAGUAUUUCGAUGGACAGGCCAGUCACCUUCCCCCGUUGUCGCGUUAUGCGGAUCUGAUUGCCCAAUCCUUGCAAGGCGUUGUACUGGGUCUGGGCCGUCGCAUUCUGGAUGACGUGAAAACCUGCUUGCAACGCAAAUCUCCCAAUGAUCGCCUGAUCCGCAGCCAAUAUGCCGAGGCCGAGAUGAAUUAUCGUGCCGCCCGCGCCUAUAGCAUGGGGACCGCGACAAUGCUGAGCGAUAGGUUGCUGUCGGGCGGGAUGCUGGAUGACAGCGAAUAUAUGAAUGCCACGUUGGCAUCGGUGAAUGCGGGACAUCAAAUCCACAAGGCGUGUACAAUGGCGUUGGAAUUGGUUGGUGCCUAUACGAUUUACGAGGCAUCUGGUUUCGUGCGUCGUCGCCGCGAUCUGGAUGCGUUGUUGGUACAUAUCAGCCAUCAACGCAAAGCCUUACAAAACCCGGGUGCCAAGCUGCUUGGCGAAACGGACCUUGUGCGUCUUGCGUGA